AUGUCCUUCGCCUGCACCCACAUCGACCUCGCCGUUCAGGCCGCCUGUUGCGAUCGCCUCGGUGACAUCUUCACCGAUGCCAAGGGCGCCUCCUUCUGUGGCACCUCCUCCCACGAGGAGUUCCUCUCGUGCGCCGGCGUCGAGUCCAAGUGCAACGUCGUCGUCGAGAAGCGUCAGGCCGCCGCCUCGGCCACUUCGGCCAUUGGCGCCGGUGCCUCUGCCGUCAAGUCUGGCGCUGCCCAGGUCUCUUCGGCCAUCAAGUCGGGCGCCUCGAACGCAGCUUCGCACGCCGCUUCGGCCACUAAGGCUAUUGGUGGCUCUGCCUCGCACUCCGCCUCCGGCUCCCACGCCGCGUCGGGCUCGCACUCUGCUUCGGCUGGUGCCAAGUCGUCAGCGGCUGCCAAGAAGAAGUCCGCUGGCGAGCGCACUGUCCCCUCGCUCGCUGCCGCUCUCGUUCUCGCCGUUGCGGCCGCUGCCAUUGUUGCCUAA